UGCCACAUACAAAAUUCCCAGGUCUCUUGCAGUUUGCAUCACAACUUCACAAUCCCAACCAUUCAACCCUUCCUCUUCCCACUGCAAAGAGCAAUUCUCCUUUUCUCAGACUGUGAAGGUCAACACGCCCAAAGCGAAAAGAAAAGAAAAGAAAAUCAAGCCAUCAUCUUUGAUUGAUUUGUAUUUUUCCUGCUGCUGCUAGAACCAGUUCAUUUAAUUCCCCGGUUUAUUCAUGUUUAUUAUCACCAACGACUAUGUUUUCUGUUAUCCCCGCUUUGCAACUGGGGCACUGAAAAUCUUUCUCCCUAUACCAAUAAUAAAUGAUCUUUUUACAAUCUUCUCGUUCCAGUUUCAGCUUCCCUCUCCUUCCCCCGCUCUGCCCUUGUAAAAGCAACCCCUCCUUAUCCCCCAGGAACAAAAAACGACCACCCAGAAGCCAACUCAUCACUUUCUUUAUCCCACACCGGAAAUUCUGUUUUCUUGCUUGUGCAAUUCCCACACCAAAGCCCAACAAGCUUAAUGUAAGGGUGGCUAGGAACCUUGUAGCCAAAGGGUUUUCAAAUGAAUUUCUGGACGGGGAAAGUCAAGAAUCUUCAAUCCAAAUGGGCUCAAAUUUUACUAAUUUCCAACAAGACCCCAUUGUUGACAAGUUAAGGACCCAGUUAGGAGUUAUCCACCCAAUCCCUUCCCCUCCAAUUAACCGUAACGUUGCUGGGUUGUUUGUCUUUUUCUUUUUUGUUGGGGUUGCCUUUGAUAAAAUCUGGACUUCAAGGAAAAGGAGGGGCAAAUUGGGGAACCUAGAUGGGGAAACUGGUAGAAUCGGAGCAGGGGUUUGGCCACAAGUUCCAACCAGUUUUUCUUUGUUCUUGGAAAAGGAUUUGCAAAGGAAAGAGUCAGUUGAGUGGGUUAAUAUGGUGUUGGGGAAGUUGUGGAAAGUUUAUAGAGGUGGGAUUGAGAAUUGGAUUAUUGGGUUGUUGCAGCCUGUUAUUGAUAAUCUGAAGAAGCCUGAUUACGUUCAGAGAGUGGAAAUUAAGCAGUUCUCUUUAGGGGAUGAGCCUUUGUCAGUUAGGAAUGUUGAGCGUAGGACUUCCCGGCGAGUCAAUGAUUUGCAGUAUCAAAUAGGACUUCGUUACACUGGUGGUGGUCGCAUGUUAUUGAUGUUGUCAUUAAAUUUUGGCAUUAUUCCAAUUGUUGUGCCAGUUGGUGUUCGAGAUUUUGAUAUUGAUGGAGAACUUUGGGUGAAAUUGCGAUUGAUACCAACAGAACCUUUUGUUGGAGCUGUUUCAUGGGCUUUCGUUUCACUUCCAAAGAUCAAGUUUGAGUUGUCACCAUUUCGCUUGUUCAACUUAAUGGCAAUUCCUGUUCUGUCAAUGUUUUUAACAAAACUUCUCACUGUGGAUUUGCCUCGACUAUUUGUUCGCCCAAAGAAGAUUGUAUUGGAUUUCCAGAAAGGGAAAGCUGUUGGCCCAGUUGCAAAUGAUUUGAAAUCAGGAGAAAUUCAAGAAGAAAAAAACAAGGAUUUUGUUGGAGAAUUAUCUGUGACUCUUGUAGAUGCUAGGAAACUGUCUUAUGUUUUCUAUGGCAAAACUGAUCCAUAUGUUGUUCUAAAUUUGGGGGAUCAAGUUAUACGCAGUAAAAAGAACAGUCAAACUACAAUUACUGGGCCUCCUGGUGAGCCAAUUUGGAAUCAGGAUUUUCAUUUACUUGUGGCAAACCCUAGAAAAGAAAAACUAUGCAUCCAAGUAAAAGACGCCUUUGGGUUCACUGAUUUGACAAUUGGAGCGGGAGAGGUUGAACUGGGGACUCUUCAGGACACUGUUCCAACAGAUAAGAUUUUGGUAUUGCAAGGAGGUUGGGGAGUGUUCCAAAAGAGAUCUGCUGGAGAAAUAUUACUUCGAUUGACAUAUAAAGCUUAUGUUGAGGAUGAAGAAGAUGACACAACUGAGGCAGGAUCCAUUGAUACUGAUGCUUCAGAUGAUGAAUUGUCUGAUUCUGAUGAACCAAAUGGGUCAUUUGAGCAGGGUGUCAAGCAAUAUACAGAUGAAACAGACAAAGAGUCAUUUAUGGAUGUUCUAGCAGCUCUGAUUGUGAGUGAGGAAUUUCAAGGCAUUGUCUCAUCUGAACCAGGGAGCAAAUUUGUUGAUGACAUCUCAAGAACAGGGCCUUUGAAAUCAAGAUUAAGUGGUAUUAAUGCUGAAUCAGUUCCAUCAGAUUCUGAUAAAGGUUCUGAAGUGUCUGGAGGAUCAACCUUAUUCUGGUUUGCUGUGAUUACUAGUAUAUUUGUGCUAAUUGCAAUCAAUAUGGAUGGCUCAAAUUUAUUCAACCCUUGAUAUCACGUGAUGGGCUAACUAAGUGUUAGUGCUUCUGCUUGAACAAGUUUGCAGGCAACCAUUUUGCAAAUCUAAUCUUGGCUUCUGAAGGAGAUUUUCGUUCCCGUACUACGCGCGAUACCGUUAUGUAUAUUCAUGAUUAUUCAUGAUUGUUAGCAGAUGAGUGUUCCAUUGGCGGCAGGAAAAUUUUUUUGGCUUUUUAUUUUUAUACAAGCCAUUAUAAUUGUGAUUUACUUUGUAUAUCUGUUAAUUGUUCAUUUACCUCCCAUAAUAUAUAUAUAUCUCUUAAUUUUGGUA